ACUGCAAUUUUUCCGGACGAGUGGAAAAUCGACAAGGUAUCACCAGUCUUUAAAGAAGGGAAUAAAACUGAUUGUGGAAAUUAUAGACCAAUCUCUGUAAUUUCUGUGGUUGCUAAGCUGUUUGAAGGGCUAGUGUACAAUCAAUUGAGAACGUUUAUUGCCGACAAUAGCAUUCUUGUAGAGCAACAGUCCGGUUUUCGUUCACAGCACUCUACUGAGACGGCACUCUUAGGUUCGACAAAUGAGUGGUUAUAUAACAUGGACAGUGGCUUAAUCAAUGGAGUCCUGUUCUUGGACUUGAAAAAAGCUUUUGACACUGUCGACCAUGAAAUCUUAUUACAGAAACUUCACCUAUACGGCAUAAAAGAAACUACUUACGCAUGGUUUUAA